AUGGAAAACAGGCACGAAUCUGAGGAAAUUUCAAGCUUAUCUGUAGAACUUCAUGUCUUGAAUAAGAAGCUGAGACCUGAUGAAUGCAUUGUGUUGUUUAAUCUAAAAGAAAAGUGGUGCAAAAAGCUGAAGAUGGAAGAGGUUGUGAAUUAUGAAGAUUUCGUCCACCCUGAAGAACCUUGUAUAGUGCUUUUCCAAAUGAAAAGUGAUGACUAUCUGGAAGAUAUAAAAUUUGUGUAUAAUAUUGACUCGUUUAUAGAGACAGAGUGCUCUCAAGCUAUGCUUAGAAAUGGUAAUGAUAAUAUUACAAAGCUAGAUGAGGAUAUCUUAUUGACGAUUUCUGAUGCGAGCUAUUAUGACGAUCUAGAUAAGCCUGCAAAAAUAUACUAAAUAUUAUUAAUUUAUAUAAAAAUUUAAUGAAUUAGAAUAUGCGGACUAUUAUGCAGAAAAAUUAAUUUAAAAUAAAAUAAAUAUUUUGCUGAGAGAUAAUUUAAUGCUGAUAUUUGCGUCAGAGCCACUUUACUGCAUUGAGCAAUGCUUUCAAAAAGAGCUUAAUUUUUCUGAUUUCCCAAAUAUGAAUAUUGGUCAUGAGCAAUGAAAAUUCAUGACCCACAGAAUCAGAAGCAACCUUAGGCUGGAAAUCGGAGAAGAAGACGGCUGUUCACAAAUUGAAGCAAUUUUACACAGAAUUAUUGAAGUAAUUUUUGCCAGAUUUGAAGAAUAUAUUUUAUUAGCAGGAGAAGAGGGAAAAGUCUGUAACAGAUUUGCAACGAGUUUAAGCUUUCGAGAAAGAUCAGAUUUUAUAUUAAGGUCUUCCAUUGCGGAAAGAAAUUUAGUUUAUUUGCAGGAUUUAAUAAAGCCAAAAGCAAAAAUUUUGUCUGAUUUAAGCAGAUAUUCUUAAUGCCUUGAUUUUAGGCCGAAAAUAUUUUAUAAUGGGAUAGGAAAAAAUUAUAGAGAAAAGAAUAUAAAAAAGGCUCAAUAAAUUUUUGCUACUAUUUAAGAACACUGGCUCAUAGAGCUAAGAAAAUGUCACAUGUGAUAAAAUCUCAUACUCAUAUGAUCCAGACAGCACAAUAUUUAUAUGAUGUAGCUACUGAUGAUGCUUUGACAAAAAAUUCAUUUAAGCUAGCUUUUCAAACAAGACUGUUUAUGGUUGCGGCCACGACUUUUAUACCGAUACUGAUAUUUGUAGGGAUGAUGAGCGUAAAUAUUAGAAUUCCAUAUCAGGAUUAUAGUACGAAUGGAGGAGAUUUAAAGCCUUUUGUAACUAUUGUAGGAGGAUCAUUAGGAUAUUAUAUUAUUGUUAUGCUGUACUUCAGAUGGAGAAGGUGGAUAUAA